CUGAAGAGCGACCGACAGCUGCCACCGGUGGGUAGAUAAGACCGGGGGAUAGUGUGUCCGUCCGUCCGUCGACCCGAGGGCCAGUAUGGUGGCCGCGGAGGACUGCGUCUCGCUGGGCGUCUACUCCUUCACCUUCGUCCUGGGUCUCCCCUCCAACCUGCUGGUGCUGUUUGUGUACGUGCAGAAGGCCCGCAAGCACGGCGCCACGCCCAGCGUGGUCUACGCGCUCAACCUGUGCCUGGCCAACCUGGCGCUGGUGGUCUGGAUGCCCGUCAAGGCCCUGGAGACGGUGCUCCAGGGCUGGGCGCUGCCGGCGGCCAUCUGCCCCAUCUACAGCUUCUUCCUCUUCUCGUCCAUCUACGGCAGCUGCCUCUUCCUCACGGCGGUGACGGUGGGCCGGUACCUGAGCAUCGCCUUCCCCAUCACCUACAAGCUGCACCGCCGCGCGCGCCUCUCCUGCGUGAUCAGCGCCAUCCUGUGGGCGGUGGUGCUACUGCACCUGAGCCUGGGGCUGGUGGUGGAGCAGGGCGGCUACUUCGUGUCGCCGGUGAGCGACGGCCACAACGGCAGCGUCGGCGGCGGCAACCACAGCGGCGGCGGCGGCGGCAGUAGCCUGGCGUGCUUCGAGAACUUCACCGAGACGCAGCUGGAGCUGCUGUGCCCGCUGCGCCUGGAGAUGGCGCUGUUGCUGUUCCUGCUGCCGCUGCUGAUCACGGCCUUCUGCACGCUCCGCUGCGUGGCCCUGGUGGGGCGCUCCAACCUGCCGGCCGGCGGCAAGCGCCGCGUGCUGGCCAUCGCCUGCUCCACGCUGGCCGUCUUCGUGGUGUGCUACGCGCCCUACAACGCCUCGCACGUGGUGGGCUUCGUGCUCAACGAGAACGUCAGCUGGCGCCGCGAGGCCAUGCUGACCAGCUCGUGCAACGUCUUCCUGGAGCCCGUCGUCAUGCUGAUGCUCUCGCCCGCCGGGCCCCGGAGUCUCUGCGCCUGUCUGAGAGACGGCAGAGGUGGGGGUGGUGGUGGUAGUCACGGCGGUAGUCGUGGCGGGGGGACGCGGCAGAGAUCCAGCCAAGCGAACGCCCACCCCGCAGGGCUGCCCGCGGCCGUGAGGCAGGUGAGUGGGUCUCAGGCGUUGGGACAGACGCCCACACACCCAGCGUCACCACCGCCUGAUCUUACCAGCCUAGAGAAGCCACCAGGGAGGCUCACGGACAAGCAGCUGGCAAGUGGACAAACGGAAGAGAAAUUGAGAGAAGGAAAGCUGAGGAACGGGAUGGAUAAACAAUAA